UUUUCUUUCUAAACAAGAAACGCCUGCCCUCCCCCCAUAAAUUCCAUCUCUCACCCCUAAUUUCAGAUCCGCAUUCUCAAUUCAUUCUUUUGCAAACCCAGAAUUGUUUCUCUCUUUUCGACACCAUGACUGAUCAACCUGAAUCAUCCGAUUCUAAGGGUACAAAGAGGGAUUUUAGCACUGCGAUCUUGGAGCGGAAAAAGGCUCCGAAUCGGCUGGUGGUGGAUGAGGCUGUCAACGAUGAUAAUUCGGUGGUGUCUCUUCACCCUGAUACGAUGGAGAAGCUCCAGCUUUUCCGCGGCGACACCAUCUUAAUCAAGGGUAAGAAAAGAAAGGAUACAGUGUGCAUUGCCCUUGCUGAUGAUACCUGUGAUGAACCAAAGAUCCGGAUGAACAAGGUUGUGAGAAAUAACUUAAGGGUUAGGCUUGGUGAUGUGGUCUCUGUGCAUCAGUGUGCUGAUGUGAAGUAUGGGAAGCGUGUUCACAUUCUUCCCAUUGAUGACACAGUCGAAGGGGUUACUGGAAAUCUUUUUGAUGCCUACCUAAAACCAUAUUUCCUGGAGGCUUAUCGGCCAGUGAGAAAAGGUGACAUGUUCCUUGUCAGGGGUGGAAUGAGAAGUGUAGAAUUCAAAAUUAUCGAAACUGAUCCCGCAGAGUACUGUGUAGUUGCUCCUGAUACUGAGAUCUUUUGUGAGGGAGAGCCUAUUAAAAGGGAGGAUGAGAAUCGCUUGGAUGAGGUUGGCUAUGAUGACGUUGGUGGCGUCCGCAAGCAGAUGGCUCAGAUUCGUGAAUUGGUAGAGCUACCAUUAAGGCACCCCCAACUUUUCAAAUCAAUUGGUGUCAAGCCUCCAAAAGGAAUACUGCUCUAUGGACCUCCAGGAUCUGGAAAGACCUUAAUUGCCCGAGCUGUGGCUAAUGAGACAGGUGCUUUCUUCUUUGUUAUUAAUGGACCAGAAAUUAUGUCAAAGUUAGCUGGAGAAAGUGAAAGCAAUCUCAGGAAGGCAUUUGAAGAAGCUGAGAAGAAUGCACCAUCCAUCAUAUUCAUUGAUGAAAUUGAUUCAAUUGCGCCCAAGAGGGAGAAAACCAAUGGAGAGGUUGAGAGGAGAAUUGUUUCCCAACUGUUGACAUUGAUGGAUGGUCUUAAAGCCCGUGCCCAUAUUAUUGUAAUUGGUGCUACAAACCGUCCCAAUAGCAUCGACCCUGCCCUUAGGAGGUUUGGUAGGUUUGACAGGGAGAUUGAUAUUGGUGUUCCUGAUGAAGUUGGGCGUCUUGAGGUCCUUCGUAUCCACACAAAGAACAUGAAGCUUGCUGAAGAUGUUGAUUUGGAAAGGAUUUCCAAGGACACACAUGGCUAUGUUGGUGCUGACUUAGCUGCAUUGUGCACUGAGGCAGCCCUUCAAUGCAUCAGGGAGAAGAUGGAUGUGAUUGAUUUGGAAGAUGACACUAUUGAUGCAGAGAUACUAAACUCUAUGGCUGUUACCAAUGAGCAUUUCCAGACUGCUCUUGGGACAAGCAAUCCCUCUGCUUUACGUGAAACAGUUGUUGAAGUGCCUAACGUUAGCUGGCAAGAUAUUGGUGGCCUUGAAAAUGUCAAGCGCGAACUCCAAGAGACUGUUCAAUACCCAGUGGAGCAUCCUGAGAAGUUUGAGAAGUUUGGCAUGUCACCUUCCAAGGGAGUGCUUUUCUAUGGCCCUCCUGGUUGUGGAAAGACUUUGCUGGCCAAGGCUAUUGCAAAUGAAUGUCAGGCAAACUUCAUCAGUGUUAAGGGCCCUGAGUUGCUGACUAUGUGGUUUGGAGAGAGUGAGGCCAAUGUUAGAGAAAUUUUUGACAAGGCUCGUCAGUCUGCCCCUUGUGUUUUGUUUUUUGAUGAAUUGGACUCAAUUGCAACUCAGAGAGGAAGCAGUCAAGGAGAUGCUGGUGGUGCUGCUGACAGGGUAUUGAAUCAGCUCCUGACUGAAAUGGACGGAAUGAAUGCUAAGAAAACAGUUUUCAUUAUUGGUGCGACCAACAGGCCUGAUAUAAUUGACGCUGCUCUUCUCCGUCCUGGCCGUCUUGAUCAGCUGAUUUAUAUUCCUCUCCCUGAUGAGGAAUCACGCCUUCAGAUUUUCAAAGCAUGCCUGAGAAAGUCGCCUAUUGCCAAAGAUGUAGACCUUAGAGUCCUUGCUAAAUACACUCAAGGUUUCAGUGGUGCUGACAUUACAGAAAUCUGCCAACGUGCUUGCAAAUAUGCUAUUAGAGAGAACAUCGAGAAAGAUAUUGAAAAGGAGAGGAGAAGAAGCGACAAUCCUGAAGCUAUGGAGGAAGAUGUGGAUGACGAAGUAGCUGAGAUCAGGGCUGGUCACUUUGAGGAAUCAAUGAAGUAUGCUCGGAGGAGUGUGAGUGAUGCUGACAUUCGCAAGUAUCAGUCAUUUGCUCAGACACUGCAGCAAUCAAGAGGAUUUGGUUCUGAGUUCCGGUUUGCUGACAAUACUAGUGGCUCUACUGCAGCUGAUCCUUUUGCAGCUCCCACCGCCACAGCCGAUGAUGAUGACCUUUAUAAUUAGGUGCGCACAAGCCGCAUCUCACAUGGUUCUCCCUACAUUCUAGUUUCCAUUUCCCCUAAAUGGGGGUGUUUUCAUUCAUGGAAUUCACCUGUAUUGUAUUAACUUUAUAGAUUACUAUUUAUUUGAAUUCCCAUGCGUCUUGUCA